CAGCUUUAGUUAAACUGAAACUUAUGCAAUUAAAGUCAAUACUGAAAAAUACUAGGAUAAGUGAAAACGUCAAUAAGGAAGUGAACGAUUAACUGGAAUAACAGUGAGAUUUGUGCUGGUUCCGUUCGAAGUUUUUUAUGAAAUGCUAGCUCUUUAUCAGAAUUGCGAUAGAACUAGUUGCGUUAUAGACUUGAUUCGAAGAUCCGUUACAUGUAAAAAGAUCUCCUAAAGCAUGGCGUGCAAGUUAUUUGUAUCGCAUCGAUGAAAAGAAUGAUCUUGUAUUGAAAAUCAAUCACACCUAAGACGUGGGCGGAAGAGAUAACAAAUAGAACUGGUUGGAUAUUUAGUUUUCUAUUAUGUUGAUGACGGGAAUGGUGUCUUAAAACCUGCGAGUUGUUAAUUGCUUCAUUUGGAGUAUUCAUACAGUGGACAAAUACUGUUUAUUUACGUGCAGCGUGUCACAGAAAUUAAGACACAGUGUAUAAUGUCGGUCUUGGCAUUUGCAAUGCGAAAUUAAACAGCAAUGUGGGAUAAUUACAUCGAUCUAUACAAUUGGCAACAGUUGAAGCUUAAUUCUUGACUGCAGUAUGUUUGCUAUAAGGCGUUUGUAUAGAUUUCAGGCACAUAUUGAGAGCGUUAAUGCAUGUGCGGGAUAAGGCAGUGGCAAUUGUGUUACCAAUAAUUUAUUAAUGACUGCUCGAUAUUUAUCAUAACAAAUAUUGGAUAUUAUUAUUCAUAAUAUUUAGCCAAACGAUUAAUACGGACAAAUUACGUGUAGUGUAAGGCUUCUCCUAUUGGAGUCAUUAAUGCGUAUAUCAAAUUAUCUGUGGUCGAUUUGCCGCUUUUGUGUGGAAAUCUAUUAUGCAAAUGUGUGUUUGUAUCGUUACGUGCUUCACAUCUGUAAUAAACAUGCAUAUUUACGAUUCUUUUGAGAACUGGAAAUUUUAAUUUUCGAACAUACGAACCUGUUUCAUUGAGCUGUAUUCAGUUAUUGAUAUUCGUAGUAAUAAUUUAUUACACUCGUUGGAUUUAAACCUGUUUGUAAGAGACUAUGGCCGAGCUACUCCGUAAUUCACAUAACAGGCGCCAAUCGGAGUAUUUAGGUAGCGCAUGCUUGGAUAUUGGAAACACGCACUCAGAGCUGUCUGACGGUACGGAUAUAGCAGCAGACUUUAAUAGUUCUCACGUCCAUUUGCAGUCACAACAUCGAGUUCGCUCGUACUCGUUUCAAGUAAAUCGCAAGAAAUUGAACGACAUUGGGAGGGAACGAUGGAAUAGCAACAGAACGCGAAGAAAAAGUGUUGGUUCGUCCGAUAGUCCGGACGUAUUUGAACAAUUUCUUAGUGUUCCGUGCAAUCCGGCAUUUCUUGAGGAAAGUAAUUUUAAGAGUAAAGAAAUGGAUGGGAGCGGAAGUAGUAAUAGUGAUGAUGGAAAUUAUGAGGAAAAUCGGCGCGUUAGAAGGGCGCGUUCCUUUCGUGAGCGACCUGAAAGGGCCAGUGGCGAGCUCCGAAGGGUGCGGUCAUUUAAAACGACAUCGAAAGGAUUAGUUAAUCGCGGUGAUUCGUUUAAAACGCGCAAAGGUGCAACGGAGUUUGUGGCGGCUUCAAGUCAACCAGGAGUGACCGUAGAUAGCGUCGAUGGCGAUAAUACAUAUCUAUUACCACCUGUGGUUAUGACAAAAACCGAGGAGCAACUACCGAAGUACUAUCGCGUUCUGUUGUUAGGAGCAGAAGGAGUUGGCAAAUCGUCCAUAAUCAAUCAGUUUAUGACAUCUGAGUUUUUGGGAGGCGGAAACUUCAAUAUUUCGCAAUCCGAAGACGACCGUACGGUUACCCUACAGGUCGAUGGCGAGGAAACAACUUUGGAAUUCGUACAAUCAGAAGACUUUCAGGAAAACGUGGAAAACCUUUCGCUUGAUGCGUUUGUGGUUGUUUUCUCGACAACAGACCGAAUCGGCUUUGACCAAGCCGUAGAAGUGCUAAAGCAGCUCCGAGAGGAAGUUGGUGCCCAUAAAGCUAUUAUUCUUGUAGGCAAUAAAGCUGAUCUUGCUCGGAAAAGGAAGAUACCUGCUGAUGAGGGUCGGUCGGCUGCCGAUGGUUACGAUUGCAAGUACAUUGAGACCUCGGCUGCCUUGAACCACCGGGUGGACGAACUGCUGGUUGGAAUCCAUAAACAGAUCAUGUUGAAGUGCCACUCGAUUAACUCCAACGCUCUAGAGACACCGCCUACAAAACAAAAACACAGAACGAGUUCGUUUAAGAGAACGAAACGAUUUUUAGAGAAGAUAUUUCUUGGAAAUUCGGACAAGGACAAUACAACUGAAAAUCUGUAUGUUGAGUGACUUAUAUAGUUAUUUAAUAUUAUACAAACCGUUUCGAACAUUUGUUGACACAUAGGGACCAAUAAGUGAUCGUUAUUGCAAUUGAGUCUCCAUGGCUUUGUGUGAAUGAAUUGUUGCGAUUUCUAAUUUGCCGUAUACAUUUGCCGAACGUUAUUUUAAAUCGGUUUGUUCGUGAAUUAUCAUAUUCGUUGUAAUUGUCGCCACCCUCAUCGCUCUCGUCAUCGUCAUGUCUUAUAUAAGAAUGUUUAAACAUCGUUAUAAUUAAAACCAAAAUAGUUAUUUAAGUAGUUUACACAAGCGUAUCUAGUAAUUGUAACUAAACAAAAUAACUUCCUUUAACGAAUGUUAAUGUAUUGCAAAACAUUGAAAACAAUUCAGACUCUGUAAGAACGUGCGUUUUUACAGAUACCGACUUUCUUUAUUCGAAAUUGUCUAUAUAUCGAAACCAUAAAAGUUAUUGUGUUGUCCAUCGUUAUUUGGUUAGCAUAUUAACCUGUGUCAAAACAUGUAUUGAAUGCCUAAAAUGAUAUUUUACGAGGCGUAUUCAAAUUAAAAAGUAUUUGACCGUUCGCAAAUAUUUAAUUGUUAUUGACGACUGAUUUGGUAUGAUACGUUUAGUCAUGUAGUCAUUUUCUUUAAAAGCAAUGCAUAUCGUCCCUCGGGUUAUAACAAACUAAACAUAAACUAUUGCAGUUUGAAAUCAAUAUGCUUACUCGAGUUAUAUGAUAUUGAAAGUCCCUUGCCACGAAAAAUUAAUGAUACCAUGCUGAAAUGUCAUGACUACUUAUAAAGGAAAGCUGGGUUACUUGCACGUGGCAAUAUCAAGUAUAAAAAAAGAAUUUUAACGGGUUUAAUUAAAUAUAUUAUCAAAAGCUUCUGGCGCUAUCGCGUGCAUAGAAACACUAGCAUUACAAAUCACUUAUCCCUACUUGUUAGUCCGAUUCAGGCUGUUUAGUUUGGUUUGCAUGACUUACAUAAGAAACGAUGUCUACAUAUUUUUUUUAAAUAAAGUUAUUGAACUAGGACAUAAAUACCCAGCACUCCAAAUUAAUUGCGGCAUUCUGUUUAGAUAGUGAUAAUGCUGUAAAUAUAAUUGUGUUUUCUUUCAUCACAAAUAAUUCAACUCGAACAUAUAUAGUAUUGUUUAAAUAUUGUAUCGUACCAAGAAAAUAAAACAUCGGUAUAUCGUCAUUUUUGUAGGAUUAACCGUAUUUGAUUCAAAUUUAAGUUUUUAUAUUAAUUUGAUUUUAAAAUUUUACAUUUAAACGUAAUUCAUUUUAACUCGCUGCAUGAACAAAAAGGAAUAUAUGUCUGUAUACACAUAAAAACGUUCGUUCUUACAGAGUCGGAAUUGUCUUCAUAAUUAAUUACUUCAUGGCCUUAUUUAAUUAUUGAAUUUAUGUAAUCGAACUUUUUCGAUCAGGAGCUUGUUCUUACAAUAUAUGUAUUUUUGUUUGAUUUAUUGAAAGUUACGCGAGUAACUAUCUCUAUAGUGUUUCUUGUUAUGUUGUCGAAUCAAUCUGCCUGUCAUAGAUUCACCCAUCUUAAUAACAGUUCUGAACUUCUUAUUUAACUAUGUCACAAGCAAUAAUCAUAACAUUUCGAUACAAAUCAAACCGACACAUAUUCAAUUUCGCACGACGUCAAUAUGUAAUAACAUCUUUAAUAGUUUUGUUUUUCGUUAUGUACGAAUAGUGGGAAGGUUGUUUGUCGAUGAUUUAUAAAUCAGUUGUCAAUAAGCAAUUUUGAACCGUCUCUUUGCGAUGUCUGAUUUUCAUCACUUUACCAUGGGCUUUAACUUUAAUUACGUAAAAAUAAUAUCAAUAUAAAUAUAAAACAUAUAUGCUCAAUCACAUAGGGUUUUAUUAUAGCCAAUUCCACACAUUUGUCAGUCACACGUCAGUGAGAUUUUUAAAAACGUUACAGUAAUGUCCCUUAUUGCAAAUUUACUUUAAGUUGGCACAUUUAUAAGAUAGAUCAGUAUGAAUCACUUCAAGAUAAAUUAUAAUAACCACAGGUCCUUUAUAGAAAUCAAGAGUCCUUCUUUCUCUACAGUAUUGACAAUACACAUCAUACAUAUGAUUACAUCGCAUUGGAACAUUUAAUGCAAAACUUAAUGCGCAGAAAAUAUAUAACAGGUUAAUAUACUCUUCAUGGCAAUUGUACCAAAGUACAUGUACAUAUUGUGUAAAUUUAGCAUAUAUACGCAAAGAAACACAAACAUAUUUUUAUUUAGAACAUUACUUGCCGAAUACUUCGUUGGCUUGAACAAAACAUGUUUUAGUAAUUUCUUAAAUAAAUCCAACUUGUGGGUGUUUUAACGUUGUGAGACCCUGAUUAUACUAAAUGGCGUACAUUACUGUCAUAUGGACUGGCUUUAUAUCGUAUUGCUGCUAGGGAACAGGGAUGUUUACUGAUAUCUGUUGACUGGUUCAUCGCAUACAUAAUUAGCAUUAGCAUGACGUAUGCAUAAUGUUUUAAGAAGCUGACAUGAAGGUAAUGUAUUUUUUCCCCAAAAAUAUUUGCAUACAACUCAGUCAAGUUUGUUCUUUUAUUGACUUUGAAGAUAUAUAUUUUUUAUUUUUUUUAAUAAGACCAUUUUAUUCUCAUGUUGAACUUUAUUCAUUACCAUUUGCAGACCAGCAUUAUAUGAUACUUGAUGAAAAUCAGGCUCUACAUUAAGUAUUUGAAAGUAUUUCAAUUUGUAACCCGCUUUUGUUGCAAGGCUUUUAAGCCCACGAUAUUAUUCGUAAAAUACACCAUUGUUUAUUAUCUUGUGUCUAUGCACACUGUCUCAAUUAUGAAACAAGUUAAAAGCGCUCGAUUGAAUGUUUACAAGUGGUGGCAAAAAUGUUUUAGCGAUACCUUUCACAUGUUCAUUACAAUAUAAUACCAGCCUCUUAAUAUUCACAGUAGCUGAUAACAGUUAAACCCCGAUAUUGGCCGAGAACAAUCGGGUAUAAGCACUGCGUGUGGAGCAAUUUCCUCAAACUUAAUCUGCAAUUUAAUCAAUAAGAAGAUUGUUUUAUAUUCAAAUUUUUGAUAUUGUCAGCCACUCGACUGUGAUAUAAUUGCAGCAAGGGUUGUACGUCCCCCACUUCACGUUGAGUUAUAGAUUGACCAUUAUUGUAUACAUUAAUUAGGACAAACCCUAUCAGGAAAGUGAUUGAAGUAACAGAAAGCAAGACUUUUGAUAUACAUCCGUUACCUAUCAUAUUUCGAUAAAUACUUCAAAUCAGUGUGUCACUGAAACGCAUUUUUCCAGGUCUAUAAAAAACUGACCUAUUUAUAAACACAUGUUUAAGUUCUUUAAUUAAAUAAAAACAUCAUAAUUCACAAACUAGGAAGCGGGAAAACCAACACUGAUUAAUUACAUGUUUAUAUCAUGUGCGCGUCACUGCAUGUGAGUAAUUCUAUAAGUGUAUUAACUCUGAAAUGUUGAUGAAUGAGAUUUUUCUCAAAUAAAGGUCACAUGUCUCAA